UUUUUCACACGAGGAUAUUGACUUGUUAUUUCUUCGUCUCUUGAAAUGGAUGACUGAUAUGUAUGAAUAUAUAUAGGAGGAACAUUAACAGUUUUUUUUUUAACGAGAGCGCUAUGGCAACAAACAAAAAAACUGCGAACAUCCCAGAUGAAAUAAAAGAAAAAUUAGCGUCUUUGGACACAGCACUUGCACAGAUAGAAACUGUUUUUCAGCCUUUGCUAAGAACCAGUCAAUCUGAGCUCUAUGAAAAGCUUGAUGCAAUGGAUAAAGCAAAGUUAGAGUUGGCGGGGGUUUACACGAUCAACUCAUUAUUCUGGACAUACCUGAACAUUUGUGGUGUAAACCCCAAAGAACAUGGAGUUAAACAAGAAUUGGACAGAAUUAAGAGUUACAUGGAUCGAGCCAAAAACAUACAGGACUUGGCUAAGGCUCCAAAAAUUGACAAAGCAGCAUCCAAGAGGUUUGUAAAGAGUGCUUUGUGGAAGGCUGCCCAAAAACAGGCCAGUGAAGCAGACAAACAAGGGGAGACCACUCCUAGCACAGAUAAAACUGAAGCCCCAUCAACUUCGAAAGCUGACACAGAAGAUUCAAAGAAUACAGAACCACCGUCAAAAAAGAGGAGAAAAAGAUAACCCGAUCAUCUAAAUGUACUUUUGUUUUAUUUAUAUUAAAUUCCACGCUGUUGGAGUUGGAAAAAAGACCUCAGAGUAUAUUCAUUUACAUUUUAAUUUGAAGAAAAACUGAAGUCAGCAAAGAGCUAUUGCAAUUUUUGUAGAAUUAUUUCUUAUGGUACAUGUAUACAUUCAUUCUGUCAUCUUAAAUUAGCUCUUAGUUUAAAGAAAAACUAGUGAUGUAAGAAUACAAUGAUUCGCCUUUUGACAUAUUAAGAUUCGAGAAAAUACUUGAAAGCUUAUAAUACAAUGUACAUGCAUGUACUGGUAAAGAUGUGUUUCCAUACAGUACUUAAGGAUAAGUUGUAUCGAGUGCAGUUUGAUUUAACAAUAACUUUCAAAUUUGCUAUUCUAAAACAUACAAGUGUAUUGAACUAAGUUUUUAGUAUCUAAAAAUAUAAACACGUGAUUAUGUUAAUGUUUUUAUUUUUAUUAUACAGAUGAAUUGUAAUGACUGACUCAAUAAACAUCUAUUAUUACUAGUUUAACUGUAUCAUUACCUGGUUGUUGAUAAGCUUGCAAACUUUAAAGGGACACUAAUUUUAAUCAAAUACAACCUGUAACUGGAUCAUUUAGUCAAUACAUGUUCAAUGUAUAUAUAUUUCAUAUCAGUUAUUUAAAAUAAACAAAAGAGCAGUCAAAUCGCAUAGCUUCAAUUCUAUAGGAAGGUCUUUUAACCACAUGUAAUUUUUAAAGAACAUUGACAAUCAAGAUGGCGCAAAUGCCCAUUGGAUUAAUAAUGAAUUUUAACCAACACAAAGAAAAAAAUACAUGUAGGUCCAAGUGUUGAUGGUACGUAUCAAACUACUGACCAAGCUAAAAUGCCUUUUGAAUAGGGGACACAUAUUAUGAUAAUAACAACUAAGAAAAUCUCAUAUUUCUUUCUUUAUCACAGAAAUUUCAGAAUUUCACCAUAAAAUACAAUAAGUGAAGAAAAAAACCCCAAAAAACAAA